AUGCAGUCUCUCGCCAAAGAGCAGCCGCUGGCCCUCGCCACGGCGACGUCACACUGUUCGACCAAUGGGAAAGAAGAAGAGGUGAACACAGAUGCGGACUCCAUGGAGGAGGAGGCGGAGUUUAACUGGGAGGAGUACAUGGAGGAGACGGGGGCCAACGCCGCCCCUCACACCAACUUCAAACAUGUGGAGAUCAGCCUGCAGAGCAGCUUCCAGCCCGGGAUGAAGCUGGAGGUGGCCAAUAAGAGCAGCCCGGACACCUACUGGGUGGCCACCAUCAUCACCACGUGCGGCCAGCUGCUGCUGCUGCGCUUCAGCGGCUACGGCGACGACCGCAAGGCCGACUUCUGGUGCGACGUCAUGACGGCCGAGCUGCACCCGGUGGGCUGGUGCACCCAGAACAACAAGACGCUGAUGCCCCCCGAAGAUAACAUUUACCUAAGAAAAGCCAUCAAGGAGAAAUACAGCGACUGGACGGAGUUCCUCGUUCAGGACCUGACGGGCGCCCGGACAGCGCCGGCCAACCUGCUGGAGGGGCCUCUCAGAGGGAAAAACACGGUGGAUCUGAUCGUGGAGGGCUCGGUCCUGGAGCUUCAGGACGCCUCCGGUCCGUUCCUCUACUGGCCCGUCCGAGUCGUCCAGAACGUCGGAGGGCGGCUGCGUGUGCGCUACGCCGGCCUCUCCGACGACCAGCAGGCUCACGACACCUGGCUGUUCUACCUGGACACCAGGCUCCCCCUGGGCUGGGCUCUGGAGAACCGUCUCGCCUUAGAGCCUCCGACAGCGCUCAGAUCUCUGAGGAGCGCCUCCGAGUGGCAGGACGCUCUGGAGGACGCUCGCCUCGACGGACAGAAGAGCCCGCUGCCGCUGGAGGUGUUCAAGGACCACGUGGACCUGCCCGAGCACUCCUUCAAGAGCGGGAUGAAGCUGGAGAUGGUUUCUCUGUGGGAGCAGCUCCACAUCUGCCCUGUUUCCGUCACCACGGUCUACAAUGAGAUCUAUUUCCAGGUGGCGCCGGACGAUCUCUCCGCCGACGCUAAGCCGCGGUUCGUGGUGUGUCACGCCAACUCGCCCGGCAUCCUGCCCGUCCAGUGGUGUCUGAAGAACGGUGUGAGUCUGGAGCGGCCGUGGGGCUACGAGGGCCAGGACUUCGACUGGGCCGACUACCUGAAGCAGAGCGGGACGGAGGCGGCCCCCGACGCCUGCUUCCCCGACACUUGGCAGAGUCGAGGCUUUGCCAAGGACAUGUGGCUGGAGGCGGUGAACCCUCACCGGCCAGCGGAGGUGUGUGUGGCUCAGAUCACACAGGUCAGAGGACGCCUGCUGUGGCUCCGACUGGAAGGUGUGGUGAAGCCGCUGUCAGAGUGCAUCGUGGACGCAGAGUCCAUGGACGUCUUUCCUGUGGGCUGGUGCGAGGCUAACGCUUACCCUCUGACCCCUCCGCUCAAACCUGUCUGUCAGAAGCAGAAGAAGAUCGCCGUGGUUCAGCCCGAGAAACAGUCGGUCCCGCCGCAGCCGUUAGAGACGGCCCCCGUCAGCCUCUGCCAGCCCGUCGCCACGGAUGCAGGCUCGGCUAACGGCAGAUACUGCUGCUCCAAGAUUUUCGUCAACCACCGCUGUUUCUCAGGGCCGUACCUCAACAAGGGACGCAUCGCCGAGCUGCCGCAGGCCGUCGGGCCCGGGAAGUGCACGCUGGUCCUCAAAGAGCUGCUGAGCAUGCUGAUCAACGCCGCCUACAAGCCCGGACGAGUCCUGAAGGAGCUGCAGGAGCUGGAGGAUCCCAGCUGGGACUGCCAGGAGGAGACCCUCAAAGCCAAGUACAAAGGGAAAACCUAUCGCUCCACCAUCCGGAUCGUCCGCCUCGCAGACCAGAUCCCAGACUUCUGCCGCAAAGUGUGCGUGAAGCUGCAGUGCUGCCCGAACCUCUUCAGCCCCGUCCUCGUCACCGACAAGUGCCCGGAGAACUGCUCCGUCCAGACCAAAACCAAAUACACAUAUUACUACGGGAAGAAGAGGAAGCUGUCCAAACCGCUGGGAGGCGAGGAGGCGACGGAGGGAGAGCUGGCCAAGCCCACGCGCCGCAGGAAGAAGAGGAAAGCUAUCUUUGUGCAGAAGAAGAGACGCUCGUCCGCUGUGGACUACACUCCUGCUGGCUCACCGCAGGACAGCGACGAGGACGAGGACGCGGCGCUGCAGUCGAGCAGCGAAGGCACCAGCUCGGAGCCCCGUGAGGACCACACCGACGCCUCCUCGGUGGAGGUGACCAGCAGCCGCCCUCGCAGGGCCGCCACGUUGCGCAGGGCCCUCAGCGCCGGCAGCGCUGCGGGCAGCCAGGAGGCCCCCGAGGGCCGCAGGAGGUCGACGCGCUCGCUGUCGGCUUACGGACAGAACAACAAGUACCAGCCGCCUAAAGGACAAGACGUGCAGGUGGAGGAGGAGGGUCAGCUGGUUUUGGACAGAAAUCCUCUGGAGUGGAGCGUAAACGAAGUGGUUCAGUUUAUCAACUCGACUGACUGUGCGUCUCUAGCCAACAUCUUCCAGGAGCAGGACAUCGACGGUCAGGCGCUGCUGCUGCUCACUCUGCCCACCGUGCAGGAGUGCAUGGACCUGAAGCUCGGCCCCGCCAUCAAACUGUGUCACCAGAUCGAGCGCGUCAAGGUCGCCUUUUACAGACAGUACGCCAACUGUGAACCACCGACAGGAAGUCGCCCGUGCGGAGAAACAGCUGCGGCCCUGCGCGGCGGGGAAAUGUUGGAUCAGGUGCCUCCUGAUGGAAGUUUUGGAAAAGUUUGA